AUGACCCCACCUCCAGAGAGAGACAUUGAUCCUAUCACAGGGGUCGAGCUCGAUCUAUUGGGCUCUAAGAAACGUUCCAGCGAAGAUGCGGCGGAGUACCCGCGGAGACGGGCAACUAUUGCCUGCCAGAUAUGCCGGUUACGCAAGACAAGAUGCAAUGGAGCCCGUCCGAAAUGCCAGCUUUGCUCCGAUCUCGAUGCCGAGUGUGUGUACCGAGAGCCCGGAAUCAAGCUCGAUGCUGGCGACAAGCUUAUUCUAGAACACCUGACCCGAAUCGAGGGGCUGCUUCAUUCUAGCUUAGCAGCACAAGGUCCGCAUCAUCUAGCCCUGUCGUCGACAUCCCCGGCGACGAGCAACGACACCGGUAUCGGCAGCGAGGACCCAAUCACCCGGAUGAAUGGGAUUUCAACAUCCGGGAGAAUGACGGCGGUGGGACUGGGCUCCUGGGCCAAUCCGCCUCCCAGCAUUAGUAUAUCCACUAUGCCCAAAGUACACAGCACCCCGGCCCUGCAUCUUCUCCAAUGGCCCUUGAUCCGGGAUCUGGUAUCGGGGCCCUACGAUCCACAGAAUCUUCUUCAAUUGGAAAUGGCGCGUGAACCACUGCGUUUGAACCCGAACUCUGGCUUUGAUUUGGCCAACGCACCAGCAUACGUUCAAGCAUUCUUCAACCAUGCAAAUAUCUGGUAUGCAUGUGUGAAUCCAUAUACAUGGAACCGAUACUACCGAACUGCUCUGGCGCAAGGGUUCCAAGACGGUCCCGUUAGUUGCCUCGUGCUCUUAGUACUAGCCCUUGGAGCUGCCAGUCGCAACGGGAGCAUCUCGUUCCUACCAGCAGAUCAUGAGCCACCGGGUCUCCCGUAUUUCGCGGCAGCAUGGGCGAUUCUGCCCUCCGUGAUGAUGCGAAAUUCAGCCAUUGCCGCACAGUGCAUGGUACUAGCAUCGGCCUACCUAUUUUACCUAGUACGACCACUCGAGGCAUGGACACUGCUGUCCAAUGUGAGCAUGAAGCUCCAGCUGCUCUUGGGCAACCCCAACCGAGUACCCGCACAGUGGAAAGAACUCAGUGUACGAGUCUACUGGAACUCCCUCCUCUACGAAAGCGACCUCCUCGCAGAACUAGACCUCCCCCAUUCCGGCAUCGUGAACUUUGAAGAAAUAGUCGAUCUACCAGGCGGCUUCGAAGAAGAAGACGACGACGAAGACGAAGGAAUGGAUGGCGAAACCGAAAAAGACGACCGCAGCGGUAGACUCGCAGAAGAAUACACGGGACGCGACGAACUCUGGUACUUCCUCGCCGAAAUCGCUCUACGAAGACUCUUAAACCGAGUCAGCCACCUCAUCUAUCAAAAAGACAGCACGCACACACUCUCUUCCCUAGGCCCGAUAGUCUCAGAACUAGACUUCCAACUCUCCCAAUGGUACGAAAGUCUCCCGCAACCAGUCCAAUUCCCACUCACCCAAUCACCUCUCUCAAACCCCGUUCAAACGGUGCUGAGAUUACGAUACAACGCCUGCCGCACAAUCAUAUACCGGCCCUACAUCCUGGCUGUCUUUGAAAACGAACAAGCCGGUGCGGACCCCGGCGUCCGCGAGUGUUGUCGCAGGUGUCUCGAUGCUACGCUGCGACAGCUAGAACACGUCACGAGCCACCGCGAAGGUCAUCUUCCGUAUCUAUGGCAGGGGGCUUUGUCGAUGGUUUCUCAAACACUAUUAAUCAUGGGCGCGACCAUGUCGCCGACGCUAUCUACGUUGCUCCCGCCUCCGCUGCGGGUGGAUGCGAUUAUUUCUAGCGUCGUUGCCGAAGUUGAGCGGUAUGCGCAUCUAGCGCCGAGUCUGAAAUUAUCAUCAGAAAUCAUUCGGGACGCUGAACGACGGCGGCAGAUUUGUCUUCGUUCUGCGGGGAUUAGCCUUUAG